AAUAGAUUUCGAUUACUAUAGCUGGCUUUUUAACAAAUAGAAUCAACAUAUUGUAGUCUUAUAUAUAGCAACAAUUUCGUAGAAAAUCUAGCGUUCGUUAUUCAAAGUGACGACCUUUUUUUCGUAUUGAUACUGCAGCAUUUCGACAGUUGGUAUUUGAUAUGAUCGCAACAGUAAUAGGCGCUCGCGCAGCUCUCAAAUUACCCUUCUAAUUUAGCGAGAAGACGACGGGUGUUAAUUGCUGGCAUGGUGAAUCGGGUUAAUUGUUAUUACAUUAGUUUCGUGCAUAUUAUCUUAUCAUACAAUUAACCAACAAAAAUCCUAUUACAAAAAAACCCACAUGUUAACGAUGAGCGAAUGGCCAAAAAAUACUUGCACUAUGUUUGAUGGCCUUGCAAAACUUGUUGGAAUAUUUAAGAAAGAGAAAAUCCCUUUGAAAGUAGCAAACAUUUCAGUAAUAAUAGACUAACCCCAAGAUAACGAAUCUUUGUUGAAAAAGCCCCGGGGCAAAGUCUUAUAAAAUUUAAAUCUUAAAAGAUCUAGAAAAAUAUAGUAAUACGGAUACGUCAAUUGAGAUCUGAGAAUAUUGUUAUGAAAUCUGCCAAGAUGCAAAUUAAAUUAAAAUGCUUUCCACGGGCUAUAUGAUUUAUAAAAACAGUGAAGGGAAAAUAAAAACAAAGACAAAACUACCCUUAUCAGCAAAAGGAAGCAGUUUUAAAAUGUGAAGCUACAAAGCGUAUAUGUUUCGCCUACAGAAAACAGCUAGAAUCCAGGCUGACACUACUUACGCUAACAUACUAAGUAGUAUAGUGGGGAUGAAAUUAAGCAGGUUAUUUCUUGGGUGAUGACAGCAUUUUUUUAAGUACGUGUAGUUUGAACGUAUGAUAAACAAAAUUUCAAAAAUUAAACUUUCCAAAAUUAAACGUAUACGAUAGGAAGAUUCUAUCUUUCUGAUGGUAAACUUGACCGAUCAGUUCUAGAAACAUCUGCAGGCUUUCAGCUAGACAGAAACAGACAUUAAUACAAUAUCAGCGAGACCUCUGCUGCGUUCUCAUUAUCGCAAAAAAAAAACUACUUACAGACUAUCAAUUCCGAUUCCACAGAAAAACAGUCCAAAUGUAUUUUUACCGUUAUCAGUCUUGCUUAAGUAUGCAUACAUUAGCAUGAUCUGCUCAGCACAUCGAAACGCUCGUGGCAAAGUGGUACUGAAAAGAGUAGGUUAUAAUAUGGCUAAAAAAACAUUCAAACGGUCUGCCAAGGACGAAAUAAAAAUUUACAGUUAACCCUCCCCUUCCUUUUUCAUAUACCAGUCGCACCUCAACCUUACGUAUAGUGUACCACGCAAGUAUUUUCACGAUUGUCCCUAUUGUAAGUUGGUUAAUCCCUGAACAUGGCAUAUUUGACAGGUGUCCCUCUGGGUGGCUCUUAAAAACGUCUAAUAAGCGCGCUUAGCAGAAUUCAGCAAGAGCGCCAUGACACCCCUUUUCCCAGCCCAUCUACCUUGUAGAAUGUGUGCGCAUCAAACCUGAUGGGAAGUGCAUGGGCAAAUUUCUGAUUCUGUGACGCUAGAGAAACGAGGGUACUGCGUUAAAAAGAUGGCGUUCAAUUUUAAUGUAGAGAAAUUCUUUUGCUCUUCAGGUUUGUAAAACUGAGGCCAUUCUAGAUUGUUUUUCCAUUCCCUUUGAUAAUUCUUAGUCGUCGAUAUAGAAUUAGAUGCUUUAGUCAAAGGGAAAAGUCAGGCAACAAUAUCGCCACCUAAUUACUUCCGUCAUUAGCAUCAAGGUGAAUUUUGCUCGCCCGAUAGCUCAUUUCUAUCGGUAACAUAACAGGAUGUUAAUCGCCAUAAUUUGUUUGAAAUACAGUGUACACGACGCUUGCUAAAUUGGAUUUUUAGUGAAACUACUUUUAAGAUGAUUUGAGAUGGAGAAGGGACUUAAAGGACAGAUUUGUCGCCGAUCUAGCACUCAUGAUUUGGCCACUGAGAGUGGUUCGCGCUGUGUGUCUUAAGAAGAAAACCGCGCGGCUUCACUCAUGAAUUCGACACUGGAAGAGGCCGUGCGCCCAAUUGGCACUAACGCAAGUAGUGAAGGGGAGCGAAACCAGGGGCUAAGAGUCGCUAAACUCUGCGUGUACCUCCUAAUUCUGCUAUGCAGCGCGUCGGGCAACACAUUGGUCAUCCUGUCCGUGGUGCUAUUCAGGCGCAUGAAGACCGUCCCCAACAUGUUUAUCGCAAACCUUGCAGCGUGUGAUUUCGUUACCACUGUGUCUAGUAUCCCGUUUGAUUUGGCGGCGGAUGAGCUCGGGUAUUGGCCUUACGGGGCAGUCAUGUGCAAGCUUCUAUGGCCGCUUGCUACCUUCACGACCUUAGCCGCGGUGUUGACCUUACUGGCGAUCUCUGUUGAUCGGUAUAUAGCCCUGCUCUACCCGCUCAACAUCAAAUACCGGAUUACCAAGCGACGCUUCUACAUCAUCAUGGUGAUAGUGUAUGUCGUCUCUGCAUGGGCUAUUCUACCGUAUAUGAUAUUUCAGGAGUAUCAACCUGGGGACGGAGCUGGGACUUUACCUCAAUGCGGCGAGGAGUGGCCGGAUUUCAGCUACCGCAAGGCGUACACUGUGUUCUUAUUCUGCCUGCAGUAUGGGGUGCCUUUGCCUUUUAUGAUCUUUAUAUACACCAAGCUUGGUAUGGUGCUAUUUAAGAACACUAAGCAGAUGAAAGCGUUCAGCGGGGGUAAUAAAGCAAAAACCAAUAGCGGUACUCCGGUGUUUAUAAGGCGCAUUGAUUCUAACGCAAAGACUAGGACCUCGGAGAUGCUCAUAAAGCGAACAGAGAGUACGGAUAGCAGAACUCGAUCACUGAACAAGAGAAGGCAGCAAAACAGCAAGACGGUGAAAAUGUUCCUGCUAAUUGUAACUAUAUUUUUAUUCUUCAUGCUUCCAAAUCAAAUCUUAUGGCUGUUGUUUGACUUUGGGAAUUCGGAAUACCUCUUGGCGCAUCUCGAUUUGAUAGCGUUUACCUGCCGCGCAUUUACGUACACGAAUUCUGUGUUGAACGCAGCUAUCUACGGCGCUUGCAACGGUAGUUUUCGCAACGCGUUCGCCUGUACUCUCAAGUGCAAAUGCGGGCACAAGCACCAACGCCAGCACUUACUGAACGUCAGCGUUUACAGAAAAGAUAAGGUUUGUAACGGACGUAAGAUCUCUCGUAAUGAGAACGCCAAUGCGUCUAGGGACGACACCGGAGAUACGCAAGCGAGCGAGUGCAAAAAAACAUCACCAACCAAGAAAACCGUAAAUUUUUUGUCCCCGCAUCCGUCUGACAAUUGCAUUGUGCGAGAUCAUAAGUCACGAGCUGAUAAUGGGAUAAUGGUCGAGACUAAUGCAUCGUCAGAGGUGGAAUGCUGCGAGGAGGUAUUUGACUCCCCGCCAUGCGACUGCGAAAAGUCUCUGAUUGCAGAUGAUUUCACCUGCGAAUCGAAAAUUGAAGGACUUUUGAAUCAAAUUAACAGCGACGUUCAAUCGGAUUUACUGGGCAGUGAUUUCAAACUAGACAAGGCGGAUAUAGACAAAGAUUUGCGCGAAACCAUUUUAUGACCAAAUGGAGCAAUCUAAUCUUUUUAUUAAUAAUGAUAGAAGAGUAAUGCAGAAACAUCAGCACUCAGGCAGCCAUAUUUUGGUAUUAGUUCAUCAAAGGCAGGUCUAGUGUUCAAUGCGUAGGCUUCUUUAUGCUUGGUCUACCUGCAAAGUGUUAGCACUAUGUUAUUUGAGAAAAGACAAAAUGCGCUGGUGGCAUUACUGAUACACGAUUCGCCUCAAAAGUUAUAUUAUCUCUGUAGCAUUACUGCGGUUAUUUCAAUUUUACAAAUCUCGCCAGGGAUGCUAGAAGUAAUAACACUAAGUAUCGAUGAAAAAGAAGGAGAUGCCUUCAUCUAAGUACUCGUGAUAGCCUUCAUGCCUGCUGGAAAUAACACCACACCGGAACAAUAACAAUAUAUUUCAGGACAUUAAGAUCAAAUAUGAUAAAUCACAACGUCGUUAGACUGGGCCAUCAGUACUUGCAACAGAAAUAUACAUAGUUUCCCUGAAAGGCGCGCUAUACUUGGCGGAUCAAUUCUAUACUCCCUCAUCGCCAUCUUGUUAUUUGUCCUUUUCGCGGUUAGCACAAUAUUCUCCAAGUGUUAGCUUAACUGGAUGGUACUUAUGGAUAUCACUUGAUUUUACAUGCGCCAUUCAGCGAAGCUCUUUGAUUAAAACCAAAGAUAAAUAAACAAUUAGCGCGCACAAAGAACCGUUGGUCGAUGGUCAUGGAAAGGGUGGGAAGUUGCUCAAAAUGAUUGAAUCCGUAAAAGUUAACCGAUUUUCAAAGUUCAAGACAAUAAAGGUGAAAUGUAGAAAGUAUCGAUAAUAUCCAUAGUCGUUACGACUAACACCAAUGUAAACCAACUGAUUAACCCCAAAUUACACAAAAGUGAGCUAUAAAUAUAUUUAUUAUAUGAUGAAUAAAAAACAAAUAAUUGCUA